CGAGGAAGACCGACCCCAAAAGCAAGCGGAACUCUCUCUCUCUCUUUCGUUUCUCUCUCUUCUUUUUGGGCAUCUCCCUCCUUCCCUCCCUUCUCUCUCCUUCCGUCCCAUUCUCUCUUUUUUUCUCUCGGAUGGGUUUUGCUACAGGAACGCCAUGCCGUCGUGCUUCUUCCCUCCUUCACCAAUUGCUGCACAUCUCAUCAUCCUUGCUUCCCUUCGAUUCCCUAAGCCGUUCCCUCGAGACCAACGCUUGAUCUCCCCUCUUUCCUCGUUUUAUUUGGGUUUGGGGUUGUUGGCGUUCUGUUUUUCCGCCGCUUCUUGUGGUUAGAUUGAUCGGUGAUGUUAGGGGAAGAGGAAGUGGCGUCGGGAGGGUCGGCCGCUAAGAGUGGUGGGUGGAUCCAAAACAACCAGGGAUCGUCUUCCGACGAUAGGCAGCAGCAGGAGCAGCAGCAGCAGCAGCAGCCGGCGACUCGUGCAUUAGGGAGGAAGGAGAGGCUCGCCCGGUCCUGCACGGUACGGGGCAACUCCGCCCGCUUCUUCAGUCGCGGCGCAGCGGAGCCCACCCGAAAGCCUCCUUCAGCCGUGAAGGAAGAGCCCCAAUGCAAGAUCAUCACGCCACUUGCGCGGUCGCCCCCGCCGUCGCAGCUCCAGCGCUGGUCGCUCCGGUCCAUGUGGGAGCUCGCCUCUAUUCUCAACUUCCUUCAUAUUUUCAGACCUCUCUUAAACAUAAAUGCCGAGUUCUCGGCUGAGGAGCUCGAGACGGCCCUCAUUACGCCCAACAACACGUUAGAUGAUAUACAUAUGCCACUGCUGAAGGCAAUUCCCCCCAUAACAAGAAUGGCAUUUGGGCGUGCAACCUGGGUCACAGUAUUAUGCAGGAAGCUGCGCGAUUGGUGGCAUUGGGUAGCUGAGGGGGAUAUUCCUAUUGUUGCAUGUCAUGGGGCCGAGGUGGAGUUGUACAAAUCACUUGAGCCUGCAACACGUGUAGUGAUCUUGAAAGCUCUUUGUGAUAUAAGAGUGGAGCAAGAAGACAUCAGGAGCUACAUUGAUGAUUCUGUAAAGCAUGGGGUUCCACUCUCUACAUUCCGCCGUGAACGAAUUGGAGGUGAUGCAUAUGGAACUAAUUACUGGUUUGAGGAUGAUGAGAUUAGUGGUCAUCGUUUGUAUCGGGAAAUUCGAAAAAUUGAAACCAAGAGGUUCAAGAAAGGACUUCCAACACAGCCAAUCAUAUCUUGUCAGUGGGAGACUGUUGCUUCUAACUUGGAUGAGUUUCAGGAAGUUUCUGAAAAACUUUCAUUGAGCAAAAAUAGGACAGAGGCUUCAUUGGGCAAGAGGCUGAAGAGUGAUAUUCUUCCAGAGAUUGAGAAGAUUCAUAAGAGAAAAGAGAGAGCACUUAAGAAGCAACAGAGACAGGCUUUACUUCUUGAUAACUACAUGACUACUGAUGGACUUGCUGCAGGGCGCUCUCUGCGUGAUAGAAAACCUGUCACUUACACUUUUGAUGAUUUUGAUCGCUCAAUCAAUGAGGCCAUAAAGAUCACAAAGAAAAGGCAGCCUUCUCCUGAAGCUAUGGCAAGAAGAGAUGCUCUUAAGCCAGAGGCUGCUGUCAAUGGUAAAGUAAAUGGUCCAACAAGAUCCACUCGAAAUGUAUCAGUAGAUACAUCAUCGCCAAAGUCAACUGAUUAUGAGGAAACUGAUGGAGAACAGAAAUCUGGGCCCCUUGACCGAAGCAACCGACGGAGACAAAGGCCUCAAAAGUAUUCAGAGUUCAUUGAUGCAGUUUCAGAUAAUGAGGCAGACUUUGAUAGUGAUGAGGAUAUUAUGGGAGAAGCAGUAUACGAUGAUGAGUAUCUAAGAAAUCGGAAACAUAAGAAGGCACUCAGCAGUUCUGAGGGAGAUGAAGAAUAUCGAUGGGACGAUGAAAUUGGUGAAGAUGAUGAUGAGGAAGAGGAGGAAGAUGAAGAUUCUUUAAGUCUCAGUGAGGAAGUGGAACGGUCUCACAGACCAAGAAAACCACCUCGAAGUAGAAGGGAAACGAAACUGAGAUCGGUUGAUGAAAUAGAGUCUGGCCUGAGAAGAAGCAAGAGGGCAACUCGCAACCGCAUAAACUACAGGCAAUAUGAGUAUUCAGACUCCGAGGCUGACUCAUCAAAACCUGAGAAGCCUGAUGCUCCUGAAGGGCGAUCAGAUGCUAGUGAUAGUGUAGAUUAUUCCAUGGAAAGUGAUGACUCUCGACAAGAUGAAGUUUUGGAAACAAAAGAUAAUGGUCGGCCUGAUUACAUGGAGACCACAAUUGAAGAGUCUAAUGAGCCUCUUGUGAAAACCAAUAGCCCUCCUCAAGAUGGUGGAGACCAGACAAAGAGGCGGUUUCUGGACCUGAAUGAACUUGCUCCAGGGACUGGUUUUGAUGAUGGACCUAGUAGCAGCAUGGUGAAAGAUGAAAGUGGCGAUUAGAUGGUAAAGACAUCAGGAUGAACUGUUGUUCCUUCAUGUAAGUUGUACCAAAGACGGGCUUUGGUUCCCAAUGUUUAUGGCCUUAAUCCGGGGUGUAUAAUAAUUUUGAUGAUUGCUCAUGAAGGGAUUCUUGGAAGCCCAUUCAUUUCAGGAGAAACAUAUAUAGAUGUGACCUGCUCAGAUGUUUUUUCAGCUGAGGGCAAUAGUGAGCUGAAAACUCUGUAGAUAAUUAAUGAUGAUAUUCUGAUACUUCAAGGCCACACGCCAUUUUUGGUUGCAGAGACAUAGGCCGGCAAUUUUUUUGGUUGAUCUGUUUAAUCUAGUUUUGCCUCUUUAACGUGUUUGGAGCUAAGUAUCCUUUUAUUAGCAGUGGUGGAAAAAUUGCCGUUGGGCCAAUGAUCCGAACUUGUUCCUCUCUGGCGUCUAUGUUUGUAGAUGGUCCUUUUCCCCCCUUAUUUGUUUAUUUGAGCAGUUGACUCAGCUGCACUAUUGGCUUGUGAAAAACCCUGCGGCUACCAGGAAGCCACCUGCUUCAAGCUGACUGCUUAACCAUAUCCUCAUUUCCAUGGGCUCGUAGAUGGUAUAUGACAAGCAUACGGGAUGAACUCCUGUAAAACCCAUGAUAUUACGCUGCUUGCCUCCCUCAUUUGAGGCCUGAUAAAGGUGUGGCGUUUCUUUUUGGCAUGUAAUAUUGUUUGCACUUUUGCAGGCUGGGAGCCUUGUGGGUUCACAUCCUUGGGACAACUUUGUUUAAGUCCUGCACACGAAAGUGCUUGUUAUUUGAUCUGUUGUCUGCCUGCAUAUUCUCGUGUACGAACUAUUUUAUGUUAGCUUUGACAAAAAUGUUGAACAUUGCUUCAUUGUCUCUAUUUUAUGUUAGCUUUGACAAAAUUGUUGAACAUUGCUUGUCCAAUUUGCCAUACCAAGUAUUCUAAGCACUAUGAUGGGGCUUCUUGAUAUUCAUGGGAUUCAUUUUCUGACGAUGAUUAGCAUGUAAGAGUCCUUCGGAGUUGAAAUGCAAAAAGAGGGCUUCUCUAAUUCAUUACUA